AACAGUUAGAUCGACUUGAGGAGCAAAGAUGUGUGUGGUCUCAGAGAGGAUUAAUUGUUGUUCACUGUCGGUGCAGGAAGUCCACGGAGAGCCUGCAGCAGCAGCAGUCGUCCCAGUCGGCAGGCCAGUUCACUCGCACUCCUCCUAACCCUCUGGCAGCUCUGGACCGGGCGGUGCGGCGGGCGUGCCGGCUUGUCAUGGAUCAGCUCUUGCUGGAUUUGAAGCCUUUCCUCCCAGGCCUGCUCACCCGACCCUGGCUGGCUCAGGGAGACCCGACCCCCAAACUUUGCCGCGUCCUGGAGCGUCACCUGGAGCUGUACUUGCGCGUUCGGCCUCCCUGCCGGCAGCGUCUGCAGGAAGAGGCCCAGUGGCUGAUGGUGGUGGAGUACGUCAGGGCUCUGAUGCAGAAGAGGCUGGUGUGUCGUAGUGGCGAGGAGAGGAGGCAGCUCGCUCAGCAGAUGCUUCAGGACGACCAGCUGUUCAGAGAAAUCUUCCACAGCCUGGAAGGUGAAGGGUCAGCACCUGAAGUGAACCCUUUGGCCUUACUCCCUGUCCUGGCCGAAUUCAUCCACCUCAAAGACCCCAACAUGCUCACACUGGAGGUGUCUGGACUUGCAGCCAAAUAUCCUGACAUCAGUGAGGAGCACGUGUCCGUGCUGCUGGAAAUCCGAGGCGACGUCUCCCGGGACAUCAAAGGGGCUGUACUGGAUUUGCUGGAGCAGAGCGCUCCCCCUCUUCCCGUCGGAUACCGACCCAUCUUCACUGACAUCCUGGUGCCUCCCUCCACCAUGGCCUUCUGCCUGCCAACUGCCAAGUGUGCAUAGCUGCAGGGGUUUCGUGUAAAAAGCAGGGAGCUCCUAAAUAAACACUUAGAAACAGUGCUGAGCAGAGUCUCCAGCUCUCCUUAUUUAUUCAAGAUCUCGGUGAUGCACAUGAAUUUAUUUCUCCUCCAGCUUACCAGGGGUUUGAGGUGGCGACUUGCUGGUCCAGGUCUGAUGUUGUUUUGUUUGCCUUAAGUCUUCUAUACUUCCAGAAGUCGCUGUCAGAGUUUUCUGCAGUUUAUACAACAGAUUUAACAGGAUGUGGAUGAUUUUUAAAGUCCAGUAACAGGACUAUUGUGCACUUCAUACACUCUCUGUAGCCCCAUUUGGAUGGAAUUUAU